AUGAUCCAACAAAAACAACCCAAAAUCGCCAUCAUCGGUGCUGGCCCUGGCGGCCUUACUUUGGCUCGAUUUCUCCAUCUCGCCAAAAUGCCCUUCACUAUCUUUGAAUCGGACCAGUCAGAAGACGCUCGCAGAGUAACUGGUGGGAUUCUUGAUCUCCACAAAUCGACGGGACAACGGGUCAUCCAAGAGGCAGGCCUUUGGGAAGAAUACGAGAAGCAUGUCUCCUAUGAGGCAGAAGAUCUCAUCAUUGCAGAUCGAAACAAUGAACUUUUGCUUGACACCCGAGGCCAAACCAAGGGACGACCUGAGAUUGACCGGCCAGCAUUGCGCGACCUGCUUUUGUUCUCCAUCCCGGCGGAGCACAUCCGGUGGAAUCAUCGCCUCAAGGAUGUGGGUGAGGAUGGAACCUUGCAUUUUGCCCAUGGAAAAGAAUGUGGCUAUGACCUGAUAGUGGGCGCAGAUGGUGUCUGGUCCAAGGUUCGCCCGGUCGUCAGUCAGAUUGCACCAUUUUAUUCUGGUACCACAGGGUUUGAGCUCUGGAUUCCCAACCCAGCCGCAAUCGAUGUUGACAUGGAUGCCAUGCUAGGCAAUGGCUCUUACUUUGUCUACGGAGGAGACGAUCGGGUAUUGAUGGCUCAGCGCCAGGGAGACCGCUCGGUCCGCGUGUAUGCCUUCGUCCGCAGGCCUGAAAGUUGGAUUAAGACUGCUGGUCUGGACUUCACCAACCGCCAAGCCGUCAAAAGUUACCUCUUAGAUGAAUUCCGAGCUUGGAGUCCGGAGCUAUUGCGAAUGAUCUCCAACUGCGAUGGCGAAAUCAUCCCCCGGCCGCUAUAUAUGUUUCCUGUUGGAGUUCGCUGGCCACACAAGGAGCACUUCACGCUUUUGGGGGAUGCAGCGCAUGCAAUGACACCCUUCGCAGGAGAAGGGGUCAAUACCGCCAUCUUCGAUGCCUACAAGCUCGCACAAACCAUUAUCGCGACUCCCGAGAAUCUCGAAACUGCGUCUAUCAUCUACGAGAAAGGCUUAUUUCCCCGCGCUGCCAAGGUUCAACAAACAACUUGGGAAGAGCUCCUUUGGACUUUUGAAAAAGAUGCAGGCGCUCGCCUGGCAGAACGAAUCACUUACUUGAUUGACAUGCAUAGUAAGGGACUCUCUGUUAGGGAGGGCAUGGGAUCAGAUAAUUCGAUGGAUGAUUAG